UUGGCUGUGCAAGAAACUCCAGGGCGCUUUGAGGGACUCCAUAGCCCGAACAUGGGGUUCAAUUUUGUCACCGUUUGCGUAAAGUGACUCUGAAGUAAAAGGCUAUGGAAAAGCACGUCUGAAACAGGAUAAAGCGUCGGUUUCUGUGAAGAAUUCAAUCAUCUCCAUCCGAGUGCGUCUUGCCAGAAAGUCGAGAGAAAGAGAGAGAAGGGAGGCUUUACUGGGAAUUCAGACUUUCGCAGUCCUUGGACACUGAGCUCUUCCAAGGACUCUGGGAAUCAAGUCCAACAGUUUCAUGCUGAGUGUUCCUGCAUUAACCUGAGGUCCAGGGUGUACGGGGAGCAGUAGGUCUCGGAGCUCCAAUGCCAGUGGACAUGCAGCCACACCAGGGGCUGUAUCACUACGAGACCUCACCCACCCAGCCCUCCAGGGGCCUAGUCCCAUCAGAACAGUCUCCCUACAGCGAUGUGUCCUCGCUGCGUGCCCCAAUCCUCAACGGCCCUUCCCAGGACUGCCGCGCUAUGUAUAAUCACAUGACUCCCAGCAUGACUCAUGGAUCAGGCCCAGGACAGGGGAUUGGCCACUGCAUGGAUCAAUAUAUGAGGCCCCCUCAGGCCACACUGCCACACAGUAUGAUGGGCCACAGGGGCAUGCCGCCCACAGAGGGUGGCAAUAACACCCCCUACUGUAACCAGAACAACAUGAUGUCCUCACAUCACAAUUUCUGCCAGAUUCAGUCUGGCUCUGAUCAGAUUGGCUCAGUCGAUGGCUCGAGGUUCUCCACGCCUCGUUCCAUGCUGAAGCUGAGUAAAAAGAGAGCUCUGUCCAUCUCUCCUCUGUCUGAUGCCAGUGUAGACCUGCAGACAGUGAUCCGCACAUCACCCAACUCCCUGGUGGCCUUUGUCAACUCUCGCUGCAACCCUAACGGGGCCAGUUCUUAUGGCCAUCUCUCUGUGAGCACCAUGAGCCCGUCCCUCGGCUAUUCCAGCAAUAUAAACUGCCAAUCCAGGCAACAAGGUUCAAUGUAUGGAGGAGGCGGAGGGACGCCUUUGGGUGGACACACACCAGGUCCCUGCCAAGGUUCCCGCUUACCCCCCCACAAUCCUCGGCUUCACGCUCCACCCAAGCAUGGACACCUAAAAACUGAGCCAGGGCUGGGAGGUAUGAUGGAUGGCAUGAAUGUGAAGAGCCUGGAGGAGAGGUCAGAGGGAGAUGUGGCCAGUCCUUCUUCCACUGGCACUCAGGACCCCCUCCUGGGUCUACUGGAUGGCAGGGAUGACUUGGACAAGGAGGAUGGGAAGCCUGAACCAGAGGCCAUCUAUGAAACCAACUGCCACUGGGAGAGCUGCAGCAAGGAAUUUGACACACAAGACCAGCUAGUUCAUCAUAUCAACAAUGAGCACAUCCAUGGAGAAAAGAAGGAGUUUGUGUGUCACUGGCAGGAGUGCUCUCGAGAACAGAGGCCUUUCAAAGCCCAGUACAUGCUGGUAGUUCAUAUGCGCAGACACACAGGAGAGAAGCCACAUAAGUGCACUUUUGAAGGCUGUAAUAAGGCCUACUCUCGCCUGGAGAAUUUGAAGACCCACCUGCGCUCUCACACCGGAGAAAAACCAUACGUGUGUGAACAUGAAGGCUGCAACAAGGCCUUCUCCAAUGCUUCAGACCGGGCCAAGCACCAGAACCGAACUCACUCCAAUGAGAAACCAUAUGUAUGUAAGAUUCCUGGCUGCACUAAGCGGUACACAGAUCCAAGCUCUUUGCGUAAACAUGUUAAGACGGUGCACGGCCCUGAAGCCCACAUAACCAAGAAGCAUCGUGGAGAUACAGGACCUCGACUCCCUGGUUCAGCUAUGACCCCUGGAGGCCAGAGCUCUGAAUUACUGCUGGAGAAAGAGGAGACACGCAGGGAGGACUGCAAACUUUUGGCUCCUGAGACCGCUCUGAAAUCCCAGCCAAGCCCUGGUGGUCAAUCAUCAUGCAGUAGCGAACGUUCUCCACUGGGGAGCGCCAAUAACAAUGACAGUGGCGUGGAGAUGAACCUAAAUGCAGCUGGCAGUCUGGAGGAUCUCACAGCACUGGAGGAUGGAGUUGCAGGUGGAGGGGGGGAGCCAGGAAGUGUAGGAGCAAUGGGAAUGUCAGCACAGGCUUUAAAGAGGCUGGAGAACCUGAAGAUUGACAAGCUGAAGCAAAUCCGCAGGCCAACCCCUCCUGGCCGCUGUGCUAAUAACAAGCUACCUGCACUUCCUGGUCCAGGGGAGAAUAUGGGAAUGUGUGCACCUUCUCCGCUCCUCUCAAAUCGACGAGUUAUGGAGCUGUCCAAUCACGAGUUAGGAGGUGGCACAUCCAUUGGCUGCUCUUCUAAUGACAGGAGAGGAAGCGGCACCAGCAGCCUAAGCUCUGCAUAUACCGUCAGCCGUCGGUCCUCCAUGGUGUCUCCUUACCUGUCCAGCCGGCGCUCAAGUGAGGUCUCACAAAUGGGAGGAACGGGAGGGGGAGGGUGUCACCUUCUUGGCCCAGAGCAGAGUGGUGGAGACCCCCUCUCUCCUGAGACCAAUCGCAGAGGAGCUCCAUGUCCUGGAGGAGGAUUGCCAGGUCUUCCAAAUUUAACACCUGCCCAGCAAUACAGCCUAAAGGCUAAAUAUGCUGCAGCAACUGGUGGACCACCACCCACUCCUUUACCCAAUAUGGAGCAGCCAAUUACUCCAGGCAGAAGAAGGGGUGUUUUGAGUGAGUACCAGGGGCAGCCUCUGCCUCCCUUCCUUCAACCAGGUGGGCCACGUAGGCACAGUGCCAACACAGAGUAUGGCACUGGUGUUAUCUACCCUCACCAGGCUCCAGGUAACAACAGCAGGCGAGCCAGUGACCCGGUUCGAUCAAUAGCAGAUCCACAAGCUCUCCCCAAGCGCUUCAAUAGCCUUAAUAAUGUAGCUAUGAUGGGCCGAAGGAAUGCGCUGCAACACCGUGGCUCUGACACCAGUCUUUCCCGCCACCUGUACUCCCCUCGUCCACCUAGCAUUACAGAGAAUGUAAUGAUGGAGGCUAUGGGUAUGGAGCCCCACCUUGCCCCUGUUGAUGCCAGGGAUCGUUCCAUGAUGAUGCCCCCUGGAGAGAGAAGCUUCAUGGGAUAUCAGCAACAACAUCAAACUCUUGGAGGAGUUGGAGGUUCUCUUGGAAACCAACUCUCCCCAAGCCAUGACUCUCUGAGCUGCCCAGACCAGGGUUAUAUGCAGGGACACUACCAGAACCAGGGAGGGGAAGUCACUUCCAGGGCUGGUGGAAAUCCAAUGAGUCAAGCAAGGCCUAGUCACUCAGAGGGCAUGUCUAAUACACUUCUCCAGCAGGCUGAGUACAGUAUGAGCACCUGCCAGCUCAGUCCCUCGGGCCCCCAUUACCCUAGCAUAGGCCAGGGUGGUGAUGCUGUAGGCCCAUGGAGUGAUUCCCACAGUCAAAUCCAAACUUCCAGCCAUGCUCUCCAGAACCAGCGAGGAAUGCAGUAUUCAGAUCCUAGUCUGCAGCCUCAACAGACACAAGCCCACUUCAACAAUCAGACAGCCGUCUACAACAGUCCUGAUGGAACCCACAAACUCACCAUCAAGCCUGAGCAGCAGUUUCACCCUGGGAUGGGAGGUGGAAAUGCCUGUCAAAGUGCAAAGCUCCAACAGCAGCGGAUGCUCCUCCAGCAGACUCAGGGUUACCCACAACAGACAGGCCAGGUCCUGAUGAGGAACUCUAACAAUACCAGCUGUGACUUUCAAGGGCAGAACCAGAACUCCUUCCCCAGUGGAGGGGGCUUGAGCUUAGGCUGUGCAGGCACUGCGCUCUCAGAUGGGCCGAGGUCAGAAACCCCCAUGAUACAGGUGAAGGAGAUGAUGGUGAGGAACUAUGUACAGUCACAGCAAGCACUCAUGUGGGAGCAGCAACAAGAACAGCAACAACAGCAGCUGCAGCAGAGUGGAAUAAAACCUCCUCCGGCAUCUGAUAAUAUGGAUAUGAGUGCCCAGACAACAAUGAUGCAGCACAGUCCGCAGCACCAAAACCAUAAUCUUUAUUCCAGCCAGCCCUAUCCAUCCUACCCUAACCAGAACCUGGUCAUGAGCCCUCCAGCCCACAGCCGAGUGCCCAGCUCUGUGACACCUAAAGACCAGCAGCUGACAGGUCUUCAAGCCUCAUGUUAUGGCCAGGAGAUGGUGGUGCCCAGGCCCCCUCAGGGACGGAAACCUCUCAGUCGCCAGAACAGCCUAUCACAGGUAGGAGGAGGCUACCUCGCUAGCCCACCACACCUCAGCCCUGUCCACUCCACUUCCAGCCCCAGGCGAGCGGUCCGACUUCCUCCAGUUCAGCUUCCACAGCACCAGCAAAACGAAAUGUUCUCUCCUUCCAAUAACAACAACAUGUACUAUUCAGGCCAGAUAAACAUGGAUAUGGACAAACACAUGGACCCCCAGAAUGGACCUUGUCUCAACCAGCAGCACAGUAUGGGGUCCAACCUGAACCCAUCAGGUGGUACAAAGCCUGUCCCUAUGACUCCCUAUCCUGAAUCUGGCCCCAUCUCCAAUGCCUUAGAAAACCUGGACCUGGAUAAUGCUCGCAUAGACUUCACCUCCAUCAUUGAUGAUGCUGAGUCUUCCUCAUAUAGCCCAAUCAACAAUCCCCUACAGGGUCAGCCUGGGUCUUCCUCCCAGGCCUCAUCUCGCCUCACCACCCCCCAGACUUCUGUCAGCCUAGCUGCAGGCUCUGGCCUGUCCAACAUGGCUGUAGGAGACAUGACGUCCAUGCUUACCUCCCUGGCUGGGGAGAAUAAAUACCUGAACACACUGUCUUAGAAGAAGACUUUGGGGUAUCUUUUUCCAGAUGAACAAUCAAGUAGAGGCCUUAGCCAGUUCUUAAUGUUUUAAUUGAGAUCCCACAUGGAAAUGUAUGUACUGUAGCCCAGUAUCUAGAGGCAGGCAUGUCAUAAGGGGGGGUCAAAGGGUACAGAUGAUCCCUGCCCGAGGCUCAGGAGGGGCGCCUGCCAAGGUCUAUGGUGCUGGAGAGUGUGGAUGAGGGGCCCAAUUUGUAAAAUGUUAACCCCUCUGCCCAUAAUUCCUGACGACGGGCCUGUCCAGAGGUAACCAGCCUGGGGUUUAAAACACUUAAGUGCUGUUGCUUAUACUGAUUUUCCCUGUUACAUUGCAAGAAAGUUCAGUUAGAGUAAGAUAGACAAACUUUUGAAUGGACCAUUUCAUGAGUCUGGGCUGUUUUUUUUACGUCCCCAUAAGCAUUUAUACGUAAACCCAACACACAUUAACUUUUAUUCAAGUCAGGAUCAAGAAGUGGCUAGGGGUCUGUUUUUACUGGAUACCCAUGUAAAAGGAAUAAUGAUAUGUUGUAAUACGUUUUGGUUGCAAGUUGAGACUAAGCUACUAAUGUGAUCCCAUCACAGGUUUCAAAAUUGUAAGAAUCCCCACCCAAUACCUUAAAACCAAAGGUGCCUGAUCAACCUCCCUCGCUGUAUUGUUCCUUCGCUGCCUUGGUACUUGUUUUUUUUUUGUGCCUUACUGUAAGACACAGAGCAAUAUGCCUGAUGCGAAAGUGAAAUUGACCUUUUUCCAAACAGGCAUUCCGGUCACAUGGGGCUCUGGCAACAGUGGAGCAGAGAAGGAUGCAUGUAAAUAAGUUUUAAAUACAUUUAUAUAUGUUGUGUAUAUGACAAUGAGACAGUGGAUAAAUCAUCCCGUCUUGUGAUAGACUGCUUUGAUUCUGAAGGCCAAUAUCCAGACGGGAGUUUGUAAGACGGUUGUUUGAAGAGCUGGGUGAAGACUAAAGUUCUGCUUUUAGUGAUUGAGAAAUUAUUUCUCGGUGCUACUAAAUAUUAAUCUGUAUUGCUAGGGAUUUCUAUUCCUUUUCAUGAAAAAAAACACUCUUUAUAGUGGCAUAUCAGUAUUCCCACACAUGCACAAAUGCAGUCACAGACACACAGAUAGCCUACACUCAGGAUUUGUUGGUGUUUGAAUCUUUGGUAUUUAGAUUACAUGUAUGUUGUAAUUGCCUUUCCAGACAGAGAGUUUGCACUCCACAUGUUUACUGUAAGUACUAAAGCAGCUGUGUACUUUUUUUUCCAGUGGUGUUUAUAACCGCAAAACAGAAAGUUCAUUGCUCUUUCUAAGGUACAUACAUAGGGGAUUAUGAGUAAAGCUCAAAUAUAAUAUGUGUGCAACAGUCCCUGCUACAUUACAGUAAUUCUGAUAUGCCUUCGCUCAAAAUUAACUCGACCAACGACUCGUACAUGACUCAGCUGAUGAUGACGGCUAUUUUGAACGAAACCCGAGUCAGCUGGUCUGUAUCUGUAAACAAAUCAGUAACAGUUGUCCAUGUUUGAGAAACUGAGGUACAUUCACAGUACAGUGCUGCUGCACUUGGCUCUAAUCCCAAAGAGGAGUUAUUUGGAAAAUUCUGCAUUACUAAUUCAGGAUAGGGGAUCAAGAAGUGGGAAUUUGAUCAAUCGCUACCACUGUAGUAAAAUACAUAAUGUUAUGGGUACACUGAGGUACUUUUUUGCGACUUUUGAGCUGUUAUGGAAGAAGGCUGCAGCUAUUGGUAGGAGAACUAAUUUUACACUGUGGCAUUGCACUGACUACAGCACUGUGUGGAACGGUCUCUGUCUCUUAUGACUAUUUACAUGAACCUCAUUUUGAUAGCGCUAAAGAAUUAUCACAGUAUUUUUUAAGAACAUACCUGAGCACAGCAAGAUUCUAUGAGGCCACAUUAAAGUAUUGCUGAAGUAUUUUACAAGACUUUUCAGGAUAAAAUAGUAGCAUCACUUGAAAGCAUUAGCGGGAAUGAACAUUUCUUCAUUUUGGAAAAAGUGUACAAGCUACCAAAGACACCUUAAACUGACUGACAAAAAGAUGCACAAAUAGUCUAUUUUAACACAACACUAACACUAGCAAUAAGGGCAUGAGCAUUGAUUGAUAGUGCUGUUCUUUAGAAUGUAUGAGAUGUUUUGUAUAAAAUUAUCUUUUUAUAUCAAUGAACUUUAUGGAUGUUGCCUUAUAUGUGUGUGUUUUUUUUUUUAUAACUGUCAUCCUUCAUUCUGACUUUUUUGCUGGCAAAAGAAUAUCACAGUUAGCAACAUAAAGCUAAAAUAGUAGCAUUAACUACAAUAGACAGAAGUCAAGUGUUAUAUUUUGUGUACAAUUUUCUACAUUUUUAUACAAAUGUGCUAUAUUUUACCAGUUUAUGAAUAAAGAUGUUCAGUGGGAUGGA